GCCUCUUUAGCGCGCAUGCGCGGCGCCCGCGGCCCGGACCUCCCCGCUCGGCGCUGCCGCCAGGGGGCGCCGUUGCCCGGCGGAGGGCGACGCUCCGCCCCGCGCCCUCCGCUCUCUGACCCCGCGCCCUUGCGGGGAGCGGAAGCGGCGGAGGGGACGAUGGUGAGCGGCGGGGCGGGGAUCGCUGCCAAGUACCUGGCGCAGAUCAUCCUGGUGGGGGCCCAAGUGGUCGGACGGGCCUUCAUGAGAGCGCUGCGCCAGGAGUUCGCAGCGAGCCGAGCUGCAGCAGAUGCACGGGGCCGCUCAGAGAGGCCUCAGUCCGCCGCCGCCUCCAGGAUCAUCGGCAUCAGCCUCCAGGAAGCUCAGCAGAUCCUCAACGUCUCCAAUCUCAACCCAGAGGAGAUCCAAAAGAACUACGACCAUUUAUUCAAGGUGAACGACAAGUCAGUGGGAGGCUCCUUCUACCUGCAGUCCAAGGUGGUGAGAGCCAAGGAGCGGCUGGACGAGGAGCUGCGCAUCCAGGCCAAGGACGAGAAAGAGAAAGGCUGGAAAGCCGAGACGUGACUCCUGUCACUCGUAUCCCUGCUUCCCUUUCCCUUAAGUUAUAGGUGGCCAAUAAACGCCGUGUCCUCCACCA